UAUAUACAUUUGCUUAUAUAUAUAUAUACAAAACUAAAAACAAAACAAAAAGAAGAGGAGUUUCAUAUUGUUAAAAAGAAGCGAACGCACGGCGUAGCCAUUAUCCCAUCAACAUGGACAAUUUGCGGUUGAUGAAGGAACAUCGUUCCCAGAUAAUAAUCGGCGGCAAAUAUCGGGUGAUACGCAAGAUAGGCAGCGGCUCCUUUGGCGACAUCUAUCUGGGCAUGAGCAUUCAGAGCGGCGAGGAGGUGGCCAUCAAGAUGGAGAGCGCUCAUGCCCGCCAUCCUCAGCUGCUGUAUGAGGCGAAGCUGUAUCGCGUGCUCAGUGGGGGCGUGGGUUUCCCGCGGAUACGCCACCAUGGCAAGGAGAAGAACUUCUACACUUUGGUCAUGGAUCUGUUGGGACCGUCGCUGGAGGAUCUAUUCAACUUUUGCACGCGCCACUUUACCAUUAAGACCGUACUGAUGCUGGUCGACCAGAUGAUCGGCCGCUUAGAGUAUAUACAUCUGAAGUGUUUCAUUCAUCGCGACAUCAAGCCGGACAACUUUCUCAUGGGCAUCGGGCGGCACUGCAACAAGUUGUUCCUCAUCGACUUUGGCCUGGCCAAGAAAUAUCGCGACGCCCACAGUCGUCAGCAUAUAUCGUAUCGCGAGGAGAAGAAUCUAACGGGCACAGCCCGCUACGCCUCGAUCAAUGCCCAUUUAGGCAUCGAGCAGUCCCGUCGCGACGACAUGGAGUCCCUGGGCUAUGUGAUGAUGUACUUCAAUCGGGGCGUCCUGCCCUGGCAGGGCAUGAAGGCUAACAAUAAGCAGCAGAAAUAUGAUAAAAUCUCUGAGAAGAAGAUGUCCACACCCAUCGAGGUGCUCUGCAAGGGCUCACCGGCCGAGUUCUCCAUGUACUUGAACUAUUGUCGUAGCUUGCGUUUCGAUGAACAGCCCGACUACAUGUACCUACGUCAAUUGUUCCGCAUUUUGUUCCGAACGCUGAACCAUCAGUAUGACUAUAUCUAUGACUGGACAAUGCUGAAGCAGAAGACCCACCAGGGUCAGCCCAAUCCCGCCUUGCUGCUGGAACAGUUGGAGCCGCGCAACGACCGCGACAAGGAGAAAGAGAAACCGAACUGCAAACCUCCCAUCACCGAGUAAUUCAGCUGAAAAGCAGAUAAAUAAUAAUAAUACAAAUAAAACAAAUAACUUUUGGGUGGCAAGCGUUAAAAACAAGCAACAGAAUGCGUAACACAAAAUGGAAUCAAAUGAAAAUGAGAAGAAAAGAAAAGGAAUAAGCAGAAAGAAGAAAGGAAGAGCGAACGGAAACCGAAACGAAAGUUGGGAUGUUUCUUAAUAUUAAUUUAAAUUCAAUACUAAACAUUUAAGACGACGACGAAAACAAACAUAAAAAUGAAAGAAUAUAUCUAAAUGGAAUUCACACACAAACACACACAUACACAC